AAUUCACAUCACAUGCCACAUGGUAGCACUGUUCCUAGAUUUGACCAAUUCACAUCAGGCUCACAGCAGCUUCAGUUAACCUUUGUUGGGGAGCUGCGGGAUAGAUCUGCUGCUGCUACCUAACUGCUUUCUCUGAAUCAUUUGUUGCUUGCUCCAGCCUCCAUAUGUAUAUAAACCCCCAUCAUCCUUAGUCGUCACGUCAGCGAAUUUCCUUGCUGGAGACCAUAAAACCGAGUGAAGGAACAUGAAAAUCAGGGUCUAUGGCUGGCUGAUUAUGGGGGUAAUCCCAAUCUACAAGUGUAUAAUUCUUCCCCUCUGAAACAGAGGAGUACCCGUAAGGAGCUUGUGUCCUUGGAAACUACGCCAGAUUUAGUGUAUUCGUUUGGGGAAGUUGUAUAGAUCAUGGUGGGGGCUUUCUCUGAUUUGCUACCUGCUCCAUACAAGCCCGAUCACCAAUAACAAAUUUGCUUGUCGGAAACCAUCACUUAAGUCAGUUCCUGCGUUGUUCGAUCAUUUAACCCUCUCUGUAGCUAGCCAUCAACCUCUAUCCAGUGAUUGGGGUAGCACACUUGUUACUAACCCUGAUUUUAUUCUUUUUAAAGCAUUUUAUUUAUAAUAUAGAGAAUAACUCAUUUUCUUUUUUGUAUUGAUAAUAACAUUAAAAUGUCAUCAUUUUGUUAAGCAUCUGAGUGCAGCAAUUCCAUCUGUGCAUGCAAAGUAUUGAAUCAUGGCAGGGCAGAAUCUUGAUCGGAAUAGCAUCCUUAUUGAUAUCAAAGGGGAGCUUGAUGAAUUGCCUUCUAGAUAUUCAAGACCCUCUAUCUUCAAAGUUGAUGAUUAUUUACGGAGUGGUGGAUGGGACAACGUUUAUGAUCCAGAAAUAGUUGCCAUUGGUCCUUAUCAUCAUGCGAAAACUCACUUGAAAUAUAUGGAACUGCACAAGCUAAGAUACCUCAAGCGCCUUCUUGACCGCAGAAAUGAGAAUCAGGCUGAUCGUUACAUCGACGCUGUGAUGGGCAUGGAAGAAAGGGCGCGGAAAUGCUAUGCCGGUAGUAUUGAUCUCAGUAAAAAUGAUUUUGUUAAAUUGAUGGUACGUGAUGGAUGCUUUCUUAUUGAGUUACUUCGCUAUCAUGGCCUGAAGAAUCUAAGAGACCCCGAUGACCCCAUAUUACAAGAAAGAACCCUAAGUCAGUUGCGGCACGACAUUGUUUUAGUUGAGAACCAACUUCCAUUCUUUGUCCUGAAUCAGCUGUUCAACAUGACCAAAGGUGAAGAUCCAAAUGAUGAUAUAAUUAGUCUUACUUUGCUUUUUGUCAAAGGUAUGUUUCUGAACUUGUCGGCUCCAGUGGGGAGCUUACAAAUCAAGAAAAUUGAUCACUUGUUUGGUCUAAUACAUGAUGUUUGGGUUCUGCCUUUCGUCAAGACAAUCCCACAAGCAAAUACUGGGAAGAACAAUCAGGCUUCUGCUGUCGAGUGGGACAAUAUAAAUUCUGCCUCGGGUCUUCGAGAGGCAGGAAUCAAGUUCAAGAAGGCCAAAGACUACACUAGCUUGAUGGAUAUUAAGUUUGUUGGUGGUGUGCUAAGAAUUCCACAGUUGAAUAUAUAUUAUGAGACAGAAUCCCAGUUCAGAAACCUCGUGGCGUAUGAACAGUACCUUCCUGAUGGGGAACCAAGAUUUGUCUCAGACUAUACCUUCUUUCUGCAUUGUCUUAUUAACACCCCAGACGAUGUCGAGUUGCUGCGACGUCGUGGAAUCAUUGGAAACUGUUUGGGGAAUGAUGAAGAGGUUUCCCUAAUGUUUAAUCGUCUUGGGAAAAGUAUCCUCACCUCUUCUAAAUUCAGUUACUCGCAAACUUUUGCUGAUGUGAACAGGCAUUAUCGUCGUCGUACUAAGAAAUGGCUGGCAAACUUGUGGAGGGAUUACUUCAAUAGCCCAUGGUCGAUCCUAAAGUUUCUAGCCGCUGUUGCACUAUUGGCUCUUACUUUCUUGCAAACAUUUUACACUGUUUAUUCAUAUUACCAUCCCAAAACAAAUUCCAACGGUUCUCCCUCUCGAUCUUAAGCUGUAUAUCAGAUCACUCAUGAACUUCAUGUAGUUUGUGUAGUUUAUUCUCAAUUUCUAUGUAUUUGUAUGUGCAGAUGCUGAAAACUUCAGAAAGAAUUACUCUUUUGAUGAGAUAGUAAUAAAGAAUUCUAUGUAUUCAUGACUUAUAAAUGUGCAAAGUACAUCUUUCAC